AUGCCAGCACCGACAGGAGAGAAGAGCGAUGUCGUGCUUUUGGCCGCCGAGCCAACCAAGAAGAAGUGGCAAAAUUGGUGGUUACGAACCAUUACCACUUUUAUGAUGAUUGGCACUUUUUUUGCCAUUCUCGCCUCGGGCCACAUUUGGGUCAUUCUCAUGGUCGUGGCCAUUCAAACCAUUGUAUACAAAGAAGUCAUUCAGAUCGCACAGGUUCCUGCUAAAGAGAGAAGUAUGCGAUGGUUCAAAACUAUGAGCUGGUACUUCUUAGUUUCAACCACCUACUAUCUCUAUGGCGAAUCCAUCAUCUACUAUUUCCAGCAAAUCAUUCUCGUUGACGCUUCCCUUUUACCAUUUGCUACCCAUCAUCGCUUUAUCAGUUUCGUCCUCUAUGUGAUUGGCUUUGUCUUUUUCGUUAUGAACCUGAAGAAAGGCUUCUAUAAACGUCAAUUCACUCAGUUUGGUUGGAUGCACAUGGCCUUGAUUCUUAUUGUUGUGCAGAGUCAUUUUAUUGUAAAUAAUAUUCUGGAAGGUCUGAUCUGGUUUGUACUUCCAGCGUCUUUGGUGAUCUGCAAUGACAUCUUUGCCUAUGUGUGUGGUUUCUUUUGGGGACGUACUCAGUUGAUUCAGUUGAGCCCCAAAAAGACUGUGGAAGGAUUUGUGGGUGCCUGGAUUUGUACCUUGAUUUUCGGAUUCCUCUGGUCAUCCUUGUUGAUGCGAUUCAAUUACAUGAUCUGCCCCGUCAAGGAUUUAUCCAUGUCAGCAUGGUCCUCCAUCACUUGUGAACCCAAGAAUCCCGUUUUCAUUUCAGUGCCCUGGGAGCUUUCGGAAACAUGGGUAUCUUUGGGCAAAUAUCUGGUAAGAGUGUGGUUGCAUAAGGAGAUUACCGAAGUAUGGAUUGCGCCUAUUCAGCUUCAUGCCCUUGUGAUGGCAUGCUUUGCUUCUUUGAUUGCACCGUUUGGUGGCUUUUUCGCCAGCGGUGUUAAGCGUGCAUUCAAUAUCAAGGAUUUCGGUCAGAGCAUUCCUGGCCACGGUGGUAUGACGGAUCGUAUGGAUUGUCAGUUCUUGAUGGGUCUCUUUUCCUACAUGUAUUACCAAAGCUUUAUCAAGACGUUCAAUUUAUCGGUGGGCGCUAUUCUAGCCACUGUCAUUAACAGCUUGUCUGUGCAGGAUCAGCUCGAACUUCUCGAACGAUUCUUGACCUACUUUGUCAAUCAGGGCAUUCUGGAUUCCAGUGUCCUUGAACGAUGCGGUUCGGCCGCCUUGACAGAAACCGCACGUAACAUUCUCCCAUAA